UAAAUGAUAUAAAAAUCGCAAGCGAAACGUUAUAUAUAUACAUAAUAAUGUAUAAGAAAAGAAAAAGAACUAAGUAUAGUUCCACAUAUACUCUGUUGUUGUUGUUAGUAUUAAGAGAGAGAAAUGAGAUUUGAUUUGACAUAUGUACUCAACAUAAAUAAAACGCAGCAGCAAAUGGAAUCAUUGCUAGAGAAUCAACAAGAAGAGGAAAAAUAAACAAAAAAUCUUCAAAUUAAAAAAAAAAAUUAACAAAUAAACAAAAAAAAAACGAAAAGAGAACAAAUGCCCCAACAACGCGAAAUAAAUGAUGUUAUUUCAGUUAUUAUAACGAUAUUGAAUGGUUCCAAAUGGAUUACAAAUUGUAUGCAAUCGAUUUUACAACAAACAGCUGUGAAGAAAACUAACAAAGCUCAAGAUGCAACAACGACUAAUAUCUCAAAUAGAACCAAUAGAACCACAUCGCUAAUCCAUUUAAAUAAAGAGAAGAAAACGCAAAAAAAUUUGGCCGAAGUUUUCGUAGAAGUUUGUGUAUUUGAUGAUUGCAGCAGCGAUUGCACCUUUCAGAUGUUAUGCGAAUGGGAAAAAAAGUUGAAAGAGUAUGAUAACGUAGACAUGCGGAUUGUAACAAAUAUGACCGGUUCUAGUAAGGGGGUGGGUUAUGGGCGAAAUAAAGCAAUAGCCGCAUCCACCGGUAGUUACUUAUGUUUUCAAGAUGUCGAUGACGAAAUGCUGCCGGGACGUUUAUUGAAACAAUAUCAGUUAGCCAAGCAAUAUAAGAACGCGAUAAUAGGCUCAAAAUUCGUUCGUAUACCUAGUAAUGCCACCUGUCGGUUUACUAAAUGGGCGAACGAUUUAUCGGAAGAGAAAUUUAAUCUACAAAUUUUCACGUCAAAUGGUCCGACCAUUAUAAUGCCAACAUGGAUGUGUCACCGCCAAGUUUAUGAUUGUAUACAAGGGGGAUUUUGUGAAGAUGGCUCGGGAUGUCCAGAGGACUUGUUAUUCUUUUAUAAGCAUAUUAAGCAAAAAAACGGUCAAAUUAAACGUGUCAAUGAAUGUCUGGUCAAAUAUCGCUAUCACACAGAGUCUACCACUUUUAGUGUUCACGCAGCCACUAUUUGGAAUAUACGAUUGAAAUACUUAAUAGAAAAUCAGUUGCAAAACAUUCCUUGGAAAGAUGGUUUUACUAUAUGGAAUGCUGGUAAGCAGGGUAGGCGGUUUUUCCGAGACUUACCAAGUUUAGAGAAAUUUAAAGUAAAAGCUUUUUGCGAUGUUGAUAAAAAUAAAAUUAAGAAGAAUUAUCAUUACUAUGAUAUGGAAAAACGUCAGUUUACAUUUUCGAUACCAAUUAUACACUUUACGCAAGUGAAACCACCUUUGAUAAUAUGCAUGAAACUGGAUUUAACAAACGGCGAUUUUGAACGUAAUUUAAAAAGUUUACAACUAAUUGAAGGCCAAGAUUACAUAUUGUUUACGUAAAAAGUUAUACCGG